AUGUGCAUCAUGGACACCGACACGGGUGUCGACGGCGUCCUGCAAGAGUCUGGGGAGUUCUGCGGCACGAUAGGCGACUACCACCACGGCAAGAAGCCCCCCGAGAGCCGCUACUUCUACGAUUACAUCUGCGACAACAUCGACGCGGAAGAGUACGUGGAGAUCACGCGGGAAGAGUGCGUGACGAUCAAGGGGCUGGCCGAGGGCACGGGGCCCGACAACCCGAGGCUCUGGGACGAUGUGUGGAUGACGCCCGCCGCCCAGAACUCGUGUGCCGACUACGACAAGUGCCCCGCAUCUGGCACGUCGGGCUACUGUCGGGGUCCGGGCGAUAAGAUGUGCGACAUCAUCAAGUGCCCGGGCCAGACAUCGACCAAAGCGGGCGCCGGGCUCUACUCGUCCUCUUCCAGGCUCACCUCGCGCCUGAGGGGCAAGCCGUUCCGCUACACCAUGCCCAAGUUCGUGUGCUUCACAUACCCAGCUGGCAGCUCCUCCUUUACCUUGACGUACACGGUCGGGGGAAACCCGGGGGCGCCGCCGUACUAUGGGCGCAACUUCAUGUUUGGCGGCACGAGCAUCGAGAAGCAGUGCGCCGACCCCCAGGCAGCAUCGCUGCGGAGCAGCACCUGCAAGGACUGUCAGUUUGAGUUCAGCCUUGACGCGGAGGGCCCCUGCCCUCCCCCCGCACCGUCCUCGAGCUGCCCCAUUGUCGGCGAGUCCAUCCUCUCCGAGUCGCUGCCAGCUGGUGUAAAGUGCCUCGACGUGACUUGCUCGGCGGGCCGGCGCCGCCGGCUGCAGAGCGACUCCCCGACGGUCACCCUUACCGUGAUGCUGGAGGCGCCGUCGGCGGCGGCGAUCGAGUCGGUGGAGGCGAGGCUGUCUGAGCUGAUGUCGAGUAUCGCGGCCGCCUCCACCCUCCUCGGCAUUCGCGUCAUCACCCUCCCCGUCUUCCGCCCCGACUACACUGGCCGCCGCAUCACGACCACCGAGUACACGGGCUUGGUGGUCGGCUGCGCCCUGGGGGGUGUUGCGGCCCUCGCGCUGCUAGGGCUGGGCGUGCGGCACGCGCUGCGCAGGGCGCAGGUCCGCCCCGCGGUCCAAAAGCGCCCCGCCGAGCUCGAGGCCGCCCAGCAAAGCUGGGAGUGA